AUGGCUCCCGGUGCAAAGCCGAAUCACCACGGCAAAGGCUGGGAGAUGAUGGAUUACUCCCCUGUGCCCUCCGCCCUUAUUAUCGGCGAUCCCACCGCUCCAGAGAACAUAAUCCACGGCAAGAGGCGUCGAAAAGCAGUGAGAAUUAUCGAAGCGCAAACGGGAAAAGUAUCACGUACAUCCAAGAUCAAGGACAACGGCUGCAUCAAGAAAGCAGAGGCUAAGGCCAGGACCAGACGCUCCGCCAAGGUACCAGCACCAGCGCGCAGGGAGAAGACAACACGAGCUUGCACUCGCGACGAAGCAACCGCAGCGGAUGUUCUUCGCUCGAGCAUUCUGCGUCUUGUAAACCAGUCUCUUCAAGUCGCGGAGCAUGUUGCUUCGUACAUGGCGGGCCAUGCAGAACACGAGGGACACGGGCGUGAGCUCGAGCGUGAUGUUCCAAGGUGCUCAGCGACAGGACGGAGAGGAAAUGAGGCCAGGAUACAGAGGGGGGAAAUGUGA